CGAAAGAAAGAAAUUUUUCUUGAAACGCUGACAGGCGCUGAAUUGUCCUUGGCGAUGCCAUCCACUCCCCGACCGGCCAACCUAAACCAAAUUCCUUAAACAAUCCCAUCCCGAAAUCCCCUCAAUCUCACUCUCCCACUUUUGCGUGCAAAACACACUCAGCAAAAUCCCCUUGCCACUUUGUAAAACGCGCCUCAAUUCACGUAACCAAACACAUCACCAGAUGCCACGUCAUAUCUGCUUUGUCCCAGUCAACUGCCAACCCCGCUCAAAAAAAGUUAAAGAAAAAUACAGAAAAAACGUUUCUAUUUCUAUCCUCUACCGCGGAGAAAAGCUCUUCCUUGAUCUCCCGUGGAGGCAGAUUCAGCUCCAUUAUCUCGCCGACUAAAAACAAACACCUAAAAUUAUUUAUCUUUUGGCGAUAAAAUGGACGAGACGUUCUUCGAUCUAAUGGAGUUCUUUAAGAAACCUACGAUAACCGAAACAUUCGUCGACAUUUUGCUAUGCGCAGUGCCGAUAUGGCUAGCCGUAAUGAUUGGGCUCGUGAUCGGCUGGUCUUGGCGUCCUAGGUGGACCAGUUUGGUUUUUCUUGGUUUCCGGUCUAAGUUCCGGUUCAUCUGGACCGUUCCUCCCGGGUUCGGAGCUCGCCGAAUCUGGCUCGCCUUUUCCGCUCUCUCCGCUUUGUCCGUCUGCCGAACGAUUUUCUCUAAAUUUAUUAAAGGGAGAGCCAAAAAAUCGACCGCGUCGGAUUCAAAUUCUGCCGUUCCGUUGCUACCGCCGUCGCCUACGGCGACGAUUUCUCCGGAAGGAGCUGCUGAAGCUGUUAGCAGUAAAGCUGAAGGAAGAGAGCAGGAUAUUGUCACAGAGAAUGACUUAGCACACCUCUUACAUUUUCUUGAAGGGAAGGAUGGGGAGAUGGAAUGGCAAAGUAUGAUGGAAAGAACUACUUCAAAUAUGUCAUACCAAGCAUGGCGCCAUGAGCCUGAGAGUGGCCCUGCAGUUUAUCGCAGUAGAACUGUCUUUGAGGAUGCAACUGUGGAGGUGGUUAGGGAUUUCUUUUGGGACGAUGAGUUUCGACCAAAGUGGGAUACUAUGCUUGCAUACGUUAAAAUUUUAGAGGAGUGCCCUCGUACAGGGACAAUGAUUGUUCACUGGAUAAGAAAGUUCCCCUUUUUCUGCAGUGAUCGAGAAUACAUAAUUGGUCGAAGAAUAUGGGAGGCUGGAAAGACUUACUAUUGUGUGACAAAGGGGGUGCCAUAUCCUGGUUUGCAGAAGCAUGACAAGCCAAGACGUGUGGAGCUUUACUUUUCAAGUUGGGUUAUCAGGGCCGUUGAGUCCCAAAAAGGAGAUGGACAGCUGUCUGCAUGUGAGGUUACCCUUGUACAUUAUGAAGACAUUGGGAUCCCAAAAGAUGUGGCAAAAUUGGGUGUUCGACAUGGGAUGUGGGGAACUGUAAAGAAAUUGCAUUCUGGCAUGAGGGCAUACCAGAAUGCAAGGAAAACAGACACUUCCUUGUCUAGAUGUGCACUGAUGGCAAGAAUUACCACUAAAAUUUCUUCUGAUGAGAGCAUGAGUUCUCUUGGUCCUGUUUCCGGGGAAGAUGAAAAAGAUCAAACCAUGGUUAUUAGGAGGCAGAAUGACAAUGGCCUUGAUUGGAAGUGGAUCGCUGUAGGUGGAACUGUGGCGCUGGUUUUUGGACUCUACUCGGGUGUAAUUGGUAAGGCAUUGUUACUUGGAGCAGGGCAGAGAAUUGGCCGACGGUGAGAGUUUUACAUUGAGGACAUUGUAGUUGUAUCUGGUCUUUGAAGAUACCAUUACAGUUUAUUAACAUAACAAUGCAACCAUUUUAUUAAUUCAGAUAAAGUUUCGAAACAACUAGUUACUGGCAUGUCGGUUGAUGUGUUGACCUGGCCCUAGGUCGCAACUUAUUACUGGCAUCUGCAAUAGCAAUGAUUCAACUUCCUAGCAUCUACUCCGAGGGUUACUAAACUUAAUUAUACCUUUGAAUCUUCUAUAUGCUUAGGAAAAAAAAGUCCAAUUUUCUUUUUGUUCUCCCCCUAUAAUGGGGUAGGGUCUAGAUGCUUGGAAUCCUUUUAUGCCGAUCUUGGCUGGACCAAAGUUGCCAAAGUUGGAUUGUUCUACCUGAUGCACAAGCGAGGCCAUCCCAUUUGGGUUCUUCACAGCAAGCUCAGUUCAACAAGCCAUAAAGCGGUCAAAUUGCCAAGGCCAAUAAAUUUACCGAAACAAAAGAUAUGAAUAUUUGGUUUAUGCUAUUUUUGUUCAUCAGGUAUGGAUCCUUGAGUCUCGGUGGUUCUGCGUAACAUCCCAUGUUAAAAGAAAACAUUAGGUUUCACCUUAUUUUAACAGGGUUUUGGAGAGAAAUUUGAUAAACAUUUAUUAAUGCUGGUGAUGAAUUAUUCUUUUUAUCAUAAACAUUACUAACUUGCCACUUUGAUUUGGCCAUUCUUCCUUAGUUUCUCUGUCUCUCUCACUCUUCAAAAGGCCAAUUAAUAUCAUCCCUGUUGACGUUAUUUCUUAUUUUAGUGACAAAGUAGUUGGAAGUUUGAGUGGAAAGCGUAUCAUGCUUGCCAUAAAGAAAACAAUUAUGAGGCGUAAAAAGUAAUAUUUCGGAAAACGUUCCCACACUCAAAUCAGUUAGAUCUAUAGAGAGAUAAGAAGCGAAGGGUAGAAAACGAUGGUAAGAGAGAAAACAAAAGAGUAAAAUAUGAUGCAGUUUUAUUUACCAUCAUAAUGAAGCUAAAAGAUCUCUGGUGACAAAUUGGUCUCAAAAUUUCAAGCUCCAUCCACAGUGGUUUGUUUUUACUAGAAAAAGAAUCUCAUUUAC